GAAAUGGAUAAUCAGGAAUCUAAAAAGUUAAGACAGUAUAACAAUAAGCAAAUACUUUUGGUCGGAGAAGGAGAUUUUUCAUUUUCUUUGUCUCUAGCCAAAGCCUUUGGUUCUGCCACCAACAUCACUGCAACAUCUCUUGAUACUCGAGAGGAGCUAGGGCGUAACUACAACAAUGGAAAAGCGAACGUGGAUGAGUUGGAGAGACUUGGGUGCGCCGUGGUCCGCGGUGUUAACGCACACUCCAUGUCCUCAGAUUGUCGUCUAGGUCGAUACGACAUAAUCAUCUUUCAUUUCAUCUGUGCAGGGAAACACCAUGAGGUAUUAAGAAGUUUUAUGGAGAGUGCGAGAGAGAUGGUGAAAGACGAAAAUGGAGAGAUUCAUGUCACUCAUAAGACAAUCUACCCAUUUGACGAGGGGGGUAUCAAGGCUCUAGCUAAAGAGACGGGGUUACGUUUAAUCAAGCAAAUACAAUUUAGCAAAUGGGGAUUUCAGGGAUACUCCGACCCGAUUAGAAGUGGAAGUAACCGUGAUUAUAGGUCUCCUAUCGGAUCAACAGUUACUUUCAUGUUUAAGAAAUAG